AUGCAGCCUCCGCCUGUGCCAAGCAGCCACCAAGCUCCUGACAUGCGCCCCCCUCGUGGCAUCGACCUCCUCGGGCGAGCCUUCUUUCGACUGCUGCGUGAAAAGCCGCUGGAGGCGGCUGAAGUCCGAUCCCUGCGCGCACACCGGGCGUCGCGCUCGGUAGCUGCCAUCUUCAGCGACGGUCGGGCGCAGGCCACCUCUGAUGCUCCAGGAGAGAAUAGCUGCGAGGCUUGGCACGCGACCGACAUUCUGGCAUUGACGGGGCUGCCCCCGACGGCAAAACUGCUUGGGGUGGCUUUGCAGUGGCUGCGGGCAGACGUCGUGGGUGACUUCGAGGCUCACUCCGCGCUGCUUUCGAGGAAGGACUCCGUAGAGAUGUUUGGCGCCAAGGGAUUUGAAUCCGUGCUUCGGUUCAAGCAGUCCUUCUUGGUACGUUCCGAAGACUUCGACAACUACGUCGUGGAUGCCGUCCUGGACGUCGAUGCUCCGAGCCACACCGUAGUUGCUUCCUUCAGCUGCCUCAUCCCGGGAAAAGAAGGCACAGGAACCGAUGUCAUCACCGUCGACCCAGCCGACUUCAAAGUGUAUCGUGUAAGGGCCCUUCGGCACACUGGAGCUGACGUACAAGCGUCAACGUGA